AACUCUAUCACUAGCUAAAUGACAAAAUUUCCACCCUCUAAUAAUUGUACUGCUUGUAUCACAAACAUGACUAUAUGUGUACACAAACAAAUCCCGCGGUGGAAGUGUUGCUACUAGCAACUCAUAUCGCUAUCGUAUUGUAUCAAGGCAAACGCAUUUUUCAACGUAGUUACACGAUAACUUGCUCCGGGAAAACAUCCUAACGCAGGCCGCAGGAAAAUGUCGAAAAAACUCGCCCAGGAAAAUGCUGUACACAAAGAGCAGGAACCAGGAGUUGUUAGCAAUGAUAUGCUCUCGAAAGCGAUCCUUGAGCAGGGUCACAAAGGUGAAGCUGGCAGGCUGGCCCGUAUGGAAGAAGUGCAGCUAGAAUGUAUCACCGUUAUCCGGCUGGAGUUUCAAAAUAUUUUAAAGAUUGAUCACUUGUGGGUGUUGCGAAGCCUCGAAGUUUUAUCACUGGCAUUCAACAAAAUCGACAAGAUUGAAAAUCUUCAUCGGUUGGUUCAUCUGAAGGAACUCAACCUAUCGUUCAAUUUCAUCGAGAAAAUUGAGAAUCUAGAUCAGUUGGUUCGCCUACGAAAACUUUCGUUCUACGGUAAUCGCAUCACGAAACUGGAGAAUUUGGAUCGAUUGGAAAAUCUGGUGUUUCUCAGUGUCGGUAAAAAUAAUAUAAACACUCUGGAGGGCAUUCAGCGUUUACGCUUCCUGAAAGAUCUGCGUUCGCUUAAUCUGGCGGAUAACCCCAUAGCUAGGGAUACAACGAAGCCUCUCAGACUGUAUGUCGCGACCCUGUUACCUCAACUGAAAUACUACCAAUACGUGCUGAUAAAGUCCGAUGAGCGGGAAUCUGGAAAAGAGAUGUUCACUCGUGAGUUUCAGGAAAUUCUUGAAAACGAAAAGAAUGAAAUCAUUGAACGCGAGAGAGUCGCCAAGGAAAGAUCCGAUGAAAUAUACCUUUCUAAAAGUUUCGUCGAGCACUUGAACGGGCAUCAGUUGUUCGAAUCACUGUUUGCAUCAGAUCCAGACGCGGAAGCUUUACUUGCCAUCGGCGAGGAAGCCCUCGAGUUGAAAAAUGAAUAUAUGGCGGAAGCAUUCACAUUCACUCAGCAAAUUUACCGAAUUGGUUUGUCACAAUACGAACGACGUCAGCAUGAAAUUCAGCUCUACAAUCGUUGCAUCGAAAUUGAGCGGAACAAGGCUCAAACAAUGGGACAAAGUAUCAUCAAUCAUUUCUUGGACGUCUACACCCGACUUUGUCCCAAAGUACAAACGAUAGCAGCCGGGAUGGAUCGAGACACCAUAAGACGUUUAUCAUCUCAUGAAAUCCACCCACUGCUGGAUGAGUUGGAUGUGUGCAAAAACGAGUUCAAUUCAAUCUUCGAAGACUCUUGGCACACGCUGAUGAACAUUGAGAUGCAGCUGUUCGAGAGAACGGAGGAAGGCAAUUCAAACUUUGAAAAUAUUAUCAAGGAAAUGACCAACGAUUUCAUCGAGCAAGCGCAAGCACAGUUUGUGAUGUUGCGAGAAGCGGAAAUUAACUUCUGCGAUGCUCUCAUAGAAAUCGUGCAACAGUUUGUCACUCUGAAGGCGGCCACUGGCCAAGCCGAGGAAAUUCCAGAUGCAUUAAAAGAGGCACUGGAUGACAAAGAUGUAAUCAGUAAUUUAGCCGCCGGAAUGCGUGACAAUCAUAUGCAACUUAUAGAUGCUCGCGAGGACAAACUCAUUGGCAGAAGCCGCAACUGGGUGAGGGAGCUUUGUGAUGGAUUGCAGAACUCCGAAAUCAAAAGAAAUCGCACUAAGGUUCUGGAGAUAACAUAUUUUCUUGACCAUCAUCGUCAAUCGUUCUACGCGAUCUUCGAGGAUGAGGAAAUAACACGAAAAAAUAGAAAAAGUUUGAUUUCACGAGUGCAUUUCUCGAUUGAAUAA